CGGACACUGGCUUAUCGAAUUUCGCGGCAUUUUGCACGGGACAAGGUGGUGCAUUCUUCGCUGCUAAUUUUAUAGGUUAUGUCGCGCUGAGACGAAAAAACUUUAUUACGAAUUAGAUUCUCAAUUAGGAUCGCGUGUGGAUUAGUCGAGAGAGACUCGCAACUCGGUGCAAAAGAAGCAGGACGAACUUGACGAAUACGCGGGUGCCGCUAAUAGCAACCAGUCGAGGGAUCAAUUUGGAGACAUCGUCGACCUGACCGUUGUUUUUGCUGGAUCGAAACGCGAGAAGAGUCCGAAGAAAAAGAUACGAGGAAAAAGACGCUAUACGAAAUGUCUGCUUCUCCUAUCGCCAGACAGGCUACCCAGAGCCAGAGCAUACCGUCUAAGAGGAUCGUCAUCCACGAUCCUAAUCAGUUGCCAACGGAUUAUUCAUCCACUCCUGGAGGCACUCUUUAUUCUACGACACCGGGAGGUACUCGCAUUGUAUAUGAACGUGCGUUUUUGAUGAACUUGCGAAACUCUCCGGUAUCACGAACACCGCCGCGAAAUACGUUGAGCAUACCAUCAGAAUUACUGAAAGGCAGCACACCAGCAAUCGUAAGAGAUCCUGCUAAAAAUUCCGAUAAAGAUGUUCUGGUGAUCGAGGAAUCUGCAGAGCAAUUUGAAAUGGACAUGUAAUCUGACGAUCGUUUACUAAAACGAUUUAAAUGUGUUCGUAGCCAUACUUGGAAAUGUCGAUUUAAUCGGAUGACAAGUGCAAGUAUGGCUAACAUGCUUCAAUUUUGUGCCUUUUACUGAUGGCCUUAUUAAGAAGUAUGAUUUUUUUAAAUAAAAUGCUCUGUGACAAAACAA